AUAAGACUGCGCCUUCUUCUGAUCAUAUCAACCCACAGGCGGCUCUGAACUUGACUUCAUCCUUCUUCGCCACCUCACUUCACAUUCAUCACGAAAGUGCAUUAUAAACCAGACGCCCAGACGUGAACCGUCCGUCUCUGGAACGGCUACGACACCAGAAUCACCACUCCAGUCCCCUCGGUGACGGCAACCACGGCACCUAUCUACCAUACUGCUUCAAUCCGGAGCCGUCCCAACCUCUCAGUCAUUCCUGGCAUCAUGGGGGGCAAGAUAACUCGCGCUCGGCACGUUUGUGAUGGCGAAGGACGCCUGUCGACCGCUUGUUGGCGAUUCGUGGCCAAGAUACCCUUCCUCCCCGUGAAAAACAAAGAAAAGAAAGAAGGUUCAGUGGAUCUCUGUCAGCGCUGCAAAGAGCUUGAUCUCGACGGCAUCUUCAAUGGUCCAUGUCCCUCCACAGACAGCGAGAUGGUUUUGUUUCUCGGCACACUCGAUAAGGAAUCUCCAUGCGCAUUAUGUCGAUUCUUCUACUCCAUGCGACGGCCAAGCCUCACUGGUGAAACGACGGACUUAUAUCACCUACGGAAGUACAGCCUUGGCCAUCUGUUAGACUCGUCAGAAUUCCCGGGUGCCACGUGGGCUGUUGAUUACGGUUGGGGAUCCGAUAAUUGGGUGGCUGGUCGAGAUUACCAUUUGCUAUCAAGAACGAUGGUUGACAGCUCUAGGCCAUUGUUUCUCCCACAAUCUCCGUCGUCGGACUACUUUGCACAGAUGAAGGCUGGGCCAUACCCGCAACCGACAUUGAAAGGUUUACCCGUCAACGAAACAUCUGUCAACUAUCCUUUACUGCGUGGCUGGAUCAAGGAGUGUGGGAAUCACCGAAAUUGCUCUUACACUAUCGGGUCUCACCACCUCCACGGACCACCAAUACGUGCGAUUGAUUGCACAACUCGAUUUAUCGUGAAUCUACGGCCUGGUGAUAGAUACAUAGCACUUAGCUAUGUUUGGGGUAACAAGCCGUUGCUUGAGAACAAAGGCAGUAGGUUUCUGCCAGCCAAUGCCCCAAAGGUUAUUGAGGAUGCAAUGGUUGUUAUCAAAGAGCUUGGCCAGCAGUAUCUUUGGGUCGACCAAUUCUGCAUCGAUCAGCAUGACGAGCAGGACAAGCAUGCUCAAAUCAGGAACAUGGAUCAUAUCUACGAAAGGUCUCAUGCAACUAUUGUAGCAUUUUCCGGACAUGAUUCAUCUUGUGGACUCCCCGGCGUUAGCAGCGUGCGGAGAAAUACUCAACCUCGGUUCACAUCUUCUAUUUUGACAUUACUAAGCUUCACGCCUAGCCUAACCCAACAAUCUUUCGAAGCUUCGAUUUGGAUGAAAAGGGGGUGGACCUUUCAAGAAGCCCUCCUCUCACGGAGAUUGCUUAUCUUCACUCAAGAACAGGUAUACUUCCACUGUUCGCUUGGGUGGUGGGUUGAAAGCAGCACUCCAAGACCUCGCAUGAUUUGCGGAUUCAAUAGGUCUGGCUUCAUUGACGUCCCUUACCCGACCAGGCAAGCGAUGCAAUCCAUUUCACCUUUGAUCAGGUUGCCUUCUCGAAGAUCCGGGCACCAAGUUCAAGUAAAGUCGGGACGUCUCCUUGAGCUUAUCCAAAGAUUUACGCAACGACAAUUGAGCUUUCAACUCGACGCGCUGGAUGCUGUCCGGGGCCUGCUUUCACGAGUCGAUGCUCUUACCUAUUGGGGGAUCCCCGUCCACGAGCUCCCUCAAAGCUAUAGAGCUAUCUUUAACUUCCACGCUUCGGAGGUGAAUGCUCUCUUUCUUCAAUGUCUCUUUUGGAUGCCCCUUCGUGCAGCUACGGGCACAGAAUACAUUGGCCGUCGUGAAGGAUUUCCAACUUGGUCAUGGCUCGGUUGGAGGACACCAGUCACUUUUCUAAAGUUCGACCGUGAUAACUGCUACAGCGAAAUUAAAUCGGGUGUCAAAGUUGAACGCACCAGCGGUAAACUUGUCUCGCUGCCUAAACUUGAUGAACUAUCAGACGACGAGGUGUACCGCUCAAGAGUCCUUCCCGAAAAAACAACUUAGCUGUGGAUGGA